AUGAGAAGUGGACAUUCAUCUCACAGCUACGUGCUGAACAAGCCUACCAAAAUCGAGUUCCACAAGCUUCGGAUACUGAUCCUUGACGCACCUAACAAUUCAAACGUCAGGCUGUACUUGCAUGAAAUGAUUGAUUUUGGCGUUACCUGCCUUGUGCGCACCUGCGAAGCGAAUUACGAUGACGCCCCGAUACUUGAUGCAGAUAUAGCCAUCAAGGAGCUCAUAUUCAACGACGGGGAACCACCGUCAAACGAUAUCGUGGCCGAAUGGCUUCAUCUGAUUAAGGAAGUCGUGGCAUCCAAUGGUUCUGUGGCGGUCCAUUGCGUUGCUGGUCUUGGACGUGCUCCAGUACUCGCCUGUAUUGCCCUCGUAGAAUAUGGCAUGCACCCUUUGGAUGCUAUAUGCUUCGUACGUGAACGCAGGAAAGGGGCCAUCAACCGCAAACAGUUGGAAUUUCUCAAGUCAUACAAGAAACGCAAGAAUACGCAGUCCUGUCUGCGUUUGUGCCCUAUGAUGUGA